AGCGGUUUGAGAAGAGACUUUUGUUUCUGUUCACAUCUUCACGUUAAUCUGAGGAGGCCAUCAUGACGGCAGGAGCAGUGUCAGCACCGCUCAUCAUUCCCAUCAUCCAUCUGGAAUCACACCGAGUCAAGAACCACAUCGAUACAUUCACACCUGUCUCCAUCCAAUCAGACUCUCCAGGUGUGCAGAUCUUCUUCACUCUGGACGGAUCCAAGCCAGUGGUGGUCCAGAGGGGGUUGGCGGGCAGCAGCAGGAAGUACAGCGAGCCCAUCCUGCUGCCUGCUGGGCGAGUGUCGGUUAGAGCUGUAGCUGUCACCAGUGACGGCAGAGAGAGCGCCACAGUGACAAAGGUUUUCUCAGUGGAACGUGUGAACUCAAUAAACAGGAAGGAGAACGAGAAGAACUUGCUGCAGAGCGACCAGCUGCGUCUGUCUGAAGGAACCUCGCGGUCUGCUGAGACCCUUGCUGGUUCUUCGCUGAAGCCUCCAGAGCUGGGGUUUAUGGGUAGUGCCUCUCCUCAAUCAGGUCCUCGCUUCUUGAACAGUCGCCUAGGCUCUCCGAUCAACUCGACCCGCACUGGACCUCCUUGUCACUCUCAGUCAGCGAGUCUGGGUGUGUUGAAGCAGCUGAGCAGCACGGAGAAAUCCAGAAUCUGUAGAGAGACCAACUUCCUGCGGUGUGCUGGGUGUUUAAAUUUCCGUCCUUCCGACCCCUCUGCUUGUUUUUGUUCUCACUGUGGAGCUACACUUCCUGUUUUACCUGAGCAAAGACUGCCCCCUACUGAAGGAGGACAGAUGGCGUGCUGUCUGAUCUGUAACACUUUGGUUCCUGUAAACACUCAGACUUGUUUAAUCUGUGAGAACUCGGUCCAUCAGCAGCUACGACCACAGGCCAGCCGCACGCUAAAGGAUCAUAUUGUGUGUGUUUGUUGUGGAAGUGGAAAUCCGGCCCACAUCACUAGCUGUUUGAUCUGCGAGAGCCGCCUGCAGACGGCAGCGUCAGUACCCUCUGUCCCUUCAGGAGACGGCAAGAUGUUGUCAUGCUCCAAAUGUAAACGUUUAAACCGGAGUGACUCCAGAUUCUGUGACUGGUGCGGCUCAAAGCCUGGUCACGCAGCCAGCUGUGUGAUCUGUCGGCGAUGUGGAGCGAGUGGACACCCGUACGCUGUCUACUGUGCAACUUGUGGAGUUUUUCUGGAUGCACCGGCCCCGCCAACAUCCAGCAGUGACAUCACACGAAACGCCUGGGGUGCAGCAACUAAACAGGAAUCAACACCAGCUACCCAUGAUGCCACCUGGCAGGCCAUGCCCUCUGCUGACCCCGCCCAUACCAAGAAACUAGCCACACCCACUGCAGACCAGUCCACGCAGACUGUUGGACUCUAUUACCCAUCAGCCACUGAGCUGCAGAGGAAGGAGCAGCAGAAGGCACUACAGCUCAGCAGGCAGAACGCCACCAGAGACCGCCAGCCGCUGCUGACCACCAUCAGCCCAGGUAGAGGUUUCUGGAGGAAACAGCUGGAUCACGUGUGUGCUCACCUGAGGAGUUACGCUCAGAACAACGCCCCCUUCAGGGCUCUGCUGGGAGAACCACGCCUGGGACGAAUGGUGUCAGCGGUGAUUCAGGAGGAUCGAUAUGAGGUCAGCCUGACCGUCAGCUUCGUGUCGGCCAAACAGGAAACAGACAAACAGGUGGAUCCUUCCUGUGACAUACCUGCGGGCCGGACUGAGACUCUGAGCAGCGUCACCGAGCGAUCAGCUGACGGCGACACGCUCAGAAGUGACCGUCCCACUGGCGUGAUGAAGCUGUCCACACGGAUGCUGGCGCCCAAACCUCCCGUGAAAGACAUGGAGAUGCUGAAGGAGCUUGGUCCGGGCCGAGGUCAGAUCAACGCCAUCCAGCAGCUCCUGGAUCAGGGGGCGGACCCUUCCUGCUGUGACAGUGAUGGCCGCCAUGCUCUGGCGGUUGCUGUGGUGAACGGCCACCGUGAGGUGCUUCCUGUGUUAGUGCAGAGAGGAGCUGACGUCGACCAGCAGUCUGGACCGUAAGACGAGGAAUGAGUGAGAAUAACAUUCAUAAAAAGUUCUACAGUACCUUAACGGAUCCUGACUCCUCCUCCUCCUCCUCAGGAUGAAGAACACAGCUCUGCAUGAAGCUGCAGCUCGAGGCUCUGACGGCCUGCAGACUGCUAAAGUUCUGCUCAGCUGUAAGGCGAGCGUGAGGCGGAGAAAUGCUGGCGGUCAG